GCGCCCCUCCUCGCCCGGCUUCCUGGCUGUCAAACACCAGCCCCAGCCCGGCUCAGGCCAGUGACCGAGACCAGCGGCCGCCGCACAGCUGGCACCACCAGGAAGACCACCCUUAAGACUGCACCGCGCGGAUUGGAGACUGGUGGAAUAUUUUGCAGCCUAAGGAUCCGGCUCAACUGCGGUGCCAAGAAUGCCUUCCUGUUCCCGCAUUCCACUGUGACCUUCCUGGAAUUUUUCAGUUGCAAAUCUGAACAGCCUAUUUUGCAUUGUGUGCCUAGGCUGUGGCUGGAAGUUUAAACUACACAGCUCAAGUUCGCAUCAGACUGGGAAGUGAACUCAUGCCAGUGGUUCAUGGCCCAGCAGAGGAAAAGGUGGUGCUGAGGGGCCACCGCCCAUGCUGCCCUGCUUCCAGCUGCUGCGCAUAGGCGGCGGCAGGGGCGGCGACCUCUACACCUUCCACCCACCCACCGGGGCUGGCUGCACCUAUCGCUUGGGCUGCAGGGCUGACCUGUGCGAUGUGGCCCUGCGGCCCCAGCAGGAACCCGGCCUCAUCUCUGGGAUCCAUGCCGAGCUACAUGCGGAGCCCCGGGGCGAUGACUGGAGGGUCAGCCUGGAGGACCACAGCAGCCAAGGGACUUUGGUCAAUAAUAUCCGACUCCCAAGGGGCCACAGGCUGGAGUUGAGUGAUGGUGACCUCCUGACCUUUGGCCCUGAAGGGCCCCCAGGAACCAGUCCCUCGGAGUUCUACUUCAUGUUCCAGCAAGUCCGGGUCAAACCUCAGGACUUUGCUGCCAUUACCGUCCCCCGGUCUAAGGGAGAAGCUGGAGCCGGGGCUGGUUUCCGGCCCAUGCUGCCCUCCCAAGGGGCCCCACAGCGGCCCCUCAGCACCCUCUCCCCCGCCCCCAAAGCGACACUGAUCCUCAACUCCAUCGGCAGCCUCAGCAAGCUCCGGCCCCAGCCCCUCACCUUCUCCAGGAGCGGGCGUGGGCCACAAAGUCCACCUGUCCCCACCCCACCCGGGGACGCGGGGACCACCCCGUCUGCACCGCCCACCAGAAACAGGAGGAAGUCGGCUCACCGUGUGCUGGCAGAGCUGGAUGACGAGAUGGAGGGUCCCGGGAGCCCUCCGCUACCCCUCCUGGAACCCAGGAAGAAAUUCCGUGUAGAGAAAGCCCCACUGAUGCCCGGUGGAAACCGCCGUGGGCGGCCUCGGAAGCACCCUGCAAAUGCCCCCAGGGCUCCCCCUGCAGCCGCAGGUGGGGAGCCCUGUGCAGCUCCAUGCUGCUGCCUGCCCCAAGAGGAGACCCUGGCCUGGGUUCAGUGUGAUGGUUGUGACAUCUGGUUCCACGUGGCCUGUGUCGGCUGCAGCAUCCAGGCCGCCAGGGAGGCCGACUUCCGAUGCCCGCGGUGCCGUGUGGGCAUCCAGACCUGAGGCCCACCG